AUGCCCAACACAGUCAUCUGGAGCGCAAUGUCCAAUGACACUGGAGGUUCUCCAAUCGGGCUUAUCAAAGGCGACCAGCUCGCUUUCCAGACCGAUGGUCGGCUGAUUCUCACUUCCAACGCUGCUGGAAUUGUCUGGGGAACUUCUACAACAACUCUCUCAGUUACAAAAGCUUUACUUCAGGAGAAUGGCAACUUAGAGCUGCUAGCAAGCAACGGAGUGCCUGCUUGGCAGUCAUUUGACCGCCCCACGGACACCAUUCUUCCUGAUCAGCAGCUCAUUGGAAUCACCCAGCUUGUCUCCAAUAACCGAAAAUAUUUCCUUCAGAUGGAUGGGAGUAAAGUUGCAUUCUAUUACCAGGGAUAUUGGCUUGAACCAUACUGGAGGAUUGAGAAUGAAAAUCAAUCCAAUUCUGCCAAUUCUGUAGUCAGUCCUCGUCUCAACUUCAGCACUAGUUUCUUUGAUGGGAGCGGCAGCUCCUGGAAAAACCCUGUCAAAGUAUAUGACACAGCACAGAGGUAUGCGCUUGAUUAUCCUAAAGUUGGUCUAACCCGGAGGCUGACCGUGGACGAUGAUGGCAACUUGAGAAUCUACACUCUUGAUGAGAUUAACAAAAGAUGGAUCAUAACUUGGCAAGCUGUUCUUCUCGAGUGCAACAUCUUUGGGAAAUGUGGGCGAUUCGGGAUUUGCACGUACCGGCCGACUGCAACUUGCACCUGUCCUCUGGGAUUUCACCCCACAAAUGCGUCCGAUUCAUCACAGGAUUGUGCUUACAACACUCCAUUGGCCAAGUGUCCCACAGGCCAAAACUCAACAGAUCCAAGAAACUUCAAACUGAUCCAACUUGUACGCACGGACUUCAAAUACAAUGACUACAAUAGUGACCCGCUGCCAACUCCGUCAUCCCAGGAGGAUUGUAUCCAAAGAUGCCUUAGGGAGUGCGAGUGUCUCGGAGCUGCUUUCCAAAUGGCUGGCGCUGGAAUAUGCUGGCUCAAGGGUUUAGAUCCCUCGGGUUUAUUCAAUGGCAAGCAGUCCCUGGACGUGGACAACGUUUUCUUCUUGAAGCUUUCUGCCAAAGAUCCAGGACAAAGUCCAGAUGCAAACAUAUACGUGACAAAUGCAAAUGCCACUGUCGUUCCUGGUUUCCAGUGGCUGGUGAUCCAUCGGCCAUUUUUCAGAGACGCUCCUCGAGUUGCUCUAUUCAUUACAACACUUGUGUUGGUGGUGUUCCUCUUGGUUGUGGGGCUCUGCUGGACCAUAAGCGCUAGAGCACGUAACAACAUGAUGGAUCUCGAUUUCAGCAGUGGGCCUGCAAGGUUCACGUAUCAGCAGCUGCAAACUUUCACAGACAACUUCUGUGACAAGCUUGGAUCGGGAGGAUUUGGGACGGUCUACAAGGGGCGGCUUCUAAAUGGCACCCUUGUUGCAGUCAAGGAACUGCAAAUGGCCAUGCAAGCUGAUAAACAAUUCCAAACUGAAGUGGAGACCCUCGGCAAGAUUCACCACAUCAACCUCGUCCGGCUGUUGGGGUAUUGCUAUGAGGACAAUCGAAAGCUCCUGGUUUAUGAGUACAUGCCUAAUGGUUCACUAGAGAAGUUACUUUUUUUGGAUGAUGCAAAGCACUUUUGCAGCUGGGCCAGCCGAUUCAGCAUUGCUUUGGGGAUUGCAAGAGGGAUAACAUACCUUCAUGAUGAAUGUCAGGAAUGCAUUCUCCACUGUGAUAUCAAGCCUCAAAACAUCCUGCUUGACGAGAGCUUCUGUCCAAAGGUAGCGGAUUUUGGUUUGGCCAAGCUAAUGAAACGGGAGAGGGCAUUGAGUGUCACAACUGUUCGUGGAACCAGAGGAUACCUUGCGCCUGAGUGGAUCAGCAACCUUCCAAUCACAACCAAAGUGGAUGUCUACAGUUUUGGAAUGGUUUUGCUCGAGAUUAUAAGUGGCAGAGAGAAGUACAUCAUGACGAUAUCUGCCAUAAACUCAGAAAACAGCCGAUGGUGUCUCUCGGACUGGGCUUACAACAUGUAUCAGGCUGGAGAUAUGGAAAGCAUUGUUGACAAGAAGCUUGUUGGGGAGGAAGUGGAUUUCGUGCAAUUCAAGAGGCUGCUUAAAGUUGCAUUGUGGUGCAUUCAGCACGAUGCACAUGCAAGGCCAUCAAUGGGGAAAGUGGUGCAAAUGAUGGAGGAUACUGUACAAUUUCCUGAGCCAUCAUCUCCAAAUUCUUCUUUCUCCAUAGGUUUAGAUCCUUCUAUGGACUACUCAGAAGACACCGUUGGUUCUCUGACAAAUGGACGAUAAGUAGACGACUCUAAAAUAAUGUUUUUAUUGGUUAUUUUGACGUGUUUAUCAGUUAAUAUAUUUUUA